UCCUGUCACAUUCCGACUCUUGGCCUCUGGUUUAUGAUUAUCCAGGGCACCGGCCUGGCUCUGUUCCCCGAGGAGGAACUUGUCUUAGAAGGUUCCAGAUGUCAUCCUGAACUCUCCGCCGCAGGAGCAGGGCUGGAAGGAAGCAAAGCAGGCACAUCGGGGCGUCUCUGGUGGGCGCUGAGACUUGAGACGCCGUUUUCCCAUGGCUUCUUUUCACAUUCGCCAGUUCCAGGAGAGAGACCAUGAGCAGGUCGUGGACGUGUUCUCCAGGGGCCUGGAGGAGCACAUCCCCAACGCCUUCCGACACCUGCUGAUGCUGCCCCGCACCCUCCUGCUCUUAGUUGGGGGGCCUCUUGCCAUAGUGCUGGUGUCUGGCUCCUGGCUCCUGGCUGUUGUAUGCAACUUCUUCCUGCUUGCGUUCUUGAGGUUCCUUGCUAGUUGUCCUUGGAAAAAUUAUGUGUCUAAAUGUUUGCACACUGACAUGGCUGACAUCACCAAGUCCUACCUGAGUGCGAGAGGCUCAGGGUUCUGGGUGGCUGAGUCUGGGGACCAGGUGGUGGGCAUCGUGGGGGGUCUGCCAGUCAAGGAUGCCCCACCAGGGAGGAAGCAGCUGCAGCUCUUUCGCCUGUCUGUGUCCUCACAGCAUCGAGGACGGGGGAUAGCGAAAGCGCUGGUCAGAACUGUCCUCCAGUUUGCACGGGACCAGGGCUACAGCGACGUCAUCCUUGAGACUGGCUUUUUGCAGCGAGGAGCUGUGAACCUCUAUUACAGCAUGGGCUUCCAGAAGACAGGGGAAUCUUUCAUGGACACGAUCACAUGGCUUGUGGAUCUCUCUAUAAUUCAUUUCAUAUACCCACUCACUUCUGCUCAGGAACAUGAGCUGUGACCUUCUUCCUCUGUGUAUCUGUCAGCCUCCAGCUCAUUGUGCUGUGGGAAAAAAAACAUCCCGGAGAUUGUAGUGG